AUGCAGCUUCUCUCACUCGCCGUGAGCGUCCUCUCGGCAGUCUCUCUCGCAGCAGCCCAGGUCAAUCAUUCGUCGCCUCUCGUCGUUGAGACCAAUGUCGGCACAUUCCGGGGCAUCAACACCACCUCCGGCGUGAGGGCUUUCUUGGGCAUUCCAUUUGGUAAGAGCACGAAUGGAUCACGCCGAUUCCGACCGCCCCAGCGUGCGUCAAUACUCCCACGAGGAACAAUCUUCAACGCUACAUCUUACGGCUUGAGCUGCCCUCAAAACAAAGGCUCAAGUUAUCAGGGAUUCGAUCUAGUCACCGCUGGAGGCAACGGUAACUUCUCUGAGGGCGACGAUUGCUUGAAUCUCAACAUCUGGGCACCAUCCGUCGAGCGAUUGAACAAGACUAGCUCCGGUGCUGCAGUACUCGUUUGGAUUUUCGGUGGGGCCUAUACCUUUGGCUCAGGCGCUGUUCCUGACUACAACGCCACAAACUUUGUCAAAGCCAAUGAUGAUCUCAUUGUCGUUACAUUGAACUACAGAGUCUCCAUGUUUGGCUUCCCUGCCGGUGCUGGAGACUCUGUGUCUGCGCAAGACACCAACCCUGGUCUGUACGACCAGCGUAUGGCUGUUGAAUGGGUCUACAACAAUUGCCGCGCCUUUGGCUGCGACCCUGAGCGCAUCACCAUCUUUGGCGAAUCUGCCGGUGCAUCCUCUGUGGCAGCCUGGCCAUACGCAUACGAAUGGGACCCUAUCGUGAAGGGUCUCAUCAUGCAAUCUGGAACAGAGACUCUCUUCGGAUCAUUGGCUCCCGGAAAUCAGUCAGUUGCAGGCAGCAGGUGGAAUACUAUUGCCAACUCGAGUGGCUGCCCCUUGAAUUCCACAAAGAAGGCACAGUUCGAAUGUUUACAGAAUCUUCCUUUCAAAACUCUUCAAGACGCCAUCAGCAACGCCUCUGCUAGUGUUACAGGCGGCUUCCAACCUCAAAUCGAUAAUCGCACUGUCUUCUCUCAGGCCGAGUACUCUCGUAGACGCCGGGCAGGCGAUUUUGCCAAGCUUCCUGUCUUGGUGGGCAACAACAAUGACGAAGGUACCAUCUUGACGGCUCUGAGUCCUGGUGUCCAACCUUAUGAGCUCGGACAGUUUGGCUUCACUUGUCCGUCUGCAUUGAUCGCCAACUCUCGUGCCAAUGCGUCAGUGCCAGCUUGGCAGUACCGCUACCUGGCCAUGUGGCCGAACCUCAACCCAUUCCCGGCAUUCGGAGUCUUCCAUUCGAGUGAGAUUCCAAUGGUCUUUGGCAACUACAACCGCACCUUGCCGGGCUCCCUCAAUGCGACUUCAGAGCAAAUUGCCACUUCCAGGGUCAUUCAGGGCGGUUGGGCAGCCUUUGCUCGUGACCCACAAAAGGGUCUGAUCAACUAUGGCUGGCCUUCAUAUGUCAAGAACGGUACUACCUUGAUUCAGCUCGGCAAGAAUAACCAGAGCACUGUGACAUUCAACAGUUCUACUGCAUACAACACUGGCUGUGCUGCACUCUUCCCAGAGCUGGCCUGA